CCCAACACAGAAGGUCACGGUCGCCUAUAAAUACCGCUCUUUUGACCCGCAAACAUUAGUUGCUGGCUUGGUGCUGUUGUGAGUGUUAAUGGUCGCUGACCUCAGCACUUACCAUGCCGGAGCUGACUUCAAAAGGCGCCACUGUUUCCAAAAAGGGUUUCAAGAAAGCAGUUACGAAGACACAGAAAAAGGAGGGAAAGAAGCGGAAGAAGUGCCGCAAAGAGAGUUAUUCGAUUUAUAUCUACAAGGUGCUGAAGCAGGUGCACCCGGACACGGGCAUCUCGUCCAAGGCCAUGAGCAUCAUGAAUUCGUUCGUCACUGAUAUUUUUGAGCGCAUCGCGGGCGAGGCGUCGCGCCUGGCGCAUUACAACAAGCGCUCGACCAUCACGUCCCGGGAGAUCCAGACGGCCGUGCGCCUGCUGCUGCCCGGGGAGCUGGCCAAGCACGCCGUGUCGGAGGGCACCAAGGCCGUCACCAAGUACACCAGCUCUAAAUAAAGCCACCGGAGAGCGU